UAGUCAGUUGCGGGCGACAGAUUUAUCAUCGUUUUUCCUAAAGUUGUGACCUUGGCCGGUACUGCCGUACUCGUAUUGACAUAGUUCGUUCCCCCUUCAGUUACUAAGUUGGAAGGAGUCGCUGCAGUCAUUUGUAAACCAUCGGUGCAGUUAAUUGUGAUUGUGUGCAAGCCGGUGCUUUUUUCACUAUCGUGAAUGGUGGCCAACAUAAGGGCUUGCCGUUAUCAAGGAUUGUAGUACCUCAAGAUAGGACAAAAUGGGUGCUAGGCAGUCCAAGAGGUCAGUGGACAUCACAACAACCCCCAAAAAGGGCGAAGAAAUGGCGGUCGAGGGCGAAGGCAAAGUGGAGAAAAUAGCGGAAAUCGACGCGAAAGUCACCACGAAUGGUGCCAUACACUCCGAAAUCGAAUAUGCUGAUAAAGAUGAAACAACCAAAGAAGAACCCGUCGCCGAGACGUCCGGCGAAAUCAAAGAGAACGGCGUUUCGGACGCCGAAGAUGCCGCCAAAACACCGGAGGGCGACACCAGCGCCGCCGGCGACCAGUUGAACGAAUCGGCCACCACAACGUCGGAAAAAUCCCCGUCCGGCGACGACAGCAAAGUAGAGGAAACCCCCGAAUCAAAGAAGAGCAAAGAGAAGUCGAAAAAGAAAAAAUGGUCGUUCCGAAGUAUAUCGUUCUCGAAGAAGGACAAAUCGAAACCGAGCAAGGACUCGGAGAAGAACGGAGAAGUCAAGGAAGUCGCCGAGGAGAACGCCGAAGAAGCCGCAGCUUCUCCUUCUGCUGAGGCUCCAAAAUCCGAAGAAGUGAAAACUCCCGAAGCCGCCGCCGAGGUGCCGGCGACCGCCACUCCCAGCACCGAAUCCGUCGAAACCGCUCCGGCCCCUGCCGAAUCUCCAAAAGAAGAAGUAAAGCCCGCGGAAGAACCGGCGAAACCGGCCGAACCGGCCGCCACCGCAACGACACCCCCAACUGAAGAACCGGCAGCCCCGAAGCCGGUCGAAGAAGUGCCCGUCGAACCAACCAAAGCUCCCGAACCCGUGAAAGAAUCACCGCCGCCAGCACAACCCGCAGAAACCGCCCCUUCUCCCGUCAAAGAAGAAGCCAAACCGGUCGAGGAGCCCAAACCUAAAACCGAAGAACCCGUUGUAGUCGAGGAAACCAAAGAGGUGCGUAAUACCGAAGAGAUCCCUCCACCUUUACCCUCCUCUAACCCACCCAACCCGGUGACGGUGUUUGCCGAAUCGACUAAAGCCGAUCCGUUGACUGAAACUCCCGUUGCCGCCGAGGCCGCUCCUAUCGUCGCGGAAACUCCUCCCACUGUCGAGAAAGCCGCUCCCGCAGUCGCUCCUCCUCCUCCGCCCGUCGAGGAGAAAGUCCCAGAGCCGGCGAGCGCGCCGGUCGUCGAGAGCGCGCCACGGGAAGAAGACAAAGUUGUCCCUCCCGCGGAGCCGGACCUAGUGGCCGCGCCUCCGGUGGAACAGCCCCCACAGAUCCCGGAAGCGUGUUCCCUACCCCAGAAACCUGUCCAGGAGCCUCCGAAGAGCCCGGAGGCGCCGCCCGCUAACGUGGUGGUUUGCCCGAUACCUCCUAAGACCGAAGAGGCGUGUCCGCUGCCCCCCAAACCCGAACAGUCCCCCGAUAAGAGCGCAGAAGCGACUCCCGUGGCUCCGCCUCCGGCCGCACCCAGCCCGGAGGCGAAGCAAGAGGUGGCUCCUCCUGCGGAGGAGCAAGUUCCGCCCCCCGCGACCGUCGAAUCCGCCGAUUCCCUUCCCGAUAUUUCGACGGAAUCUCUUCCUUCUCUUCCCGAGCCGGUUUCGGAUAGUCUUCCCGAACCCAUGUCUUUGCCACCUGUCGAAUCGUUGCCCGAACCGAUCGCGACCACGGAGGAAAGCCUGCCCCCAGCGCCUCCCUCGCCCGUUUCAGACCUUCCCCCACCACAAACUGAAAUUAUACUGACCAACGGGAACACGAAUGGGCUGCCGUCACCAGUCAGCAACGAUGACGCUCUACCGCCCCCCGUUGAAGGACCACUGAAACAGGUUCCCGCAGAAUCCACAGAAAGCACAGGUGCUGAUAAGCCAGCCGAGUCCGCCCCCGGGGCAGUCGAAGAAUAAGUUUUUCUCUGAGUAAAUGUUUUUAUACAUGUAUAUGAACUCUUAUUACAAGUUAAAAUUUAAAAAAGUUAACGGAUCAUUCCUGGCAGUGACCGUGGUUCGACCAAAAGAAGAAAAACAAAACUGCCAUUUAAAUUAGACUUCUUUAGAAAUAUGGAUGUCCACAGCGCAAAAAUGGGAAUAGUUGGAAAAAAAAAUUAAUACUCGUAUAUUAACUAUUUUAUAUUAAUGUUUAGUGGAAGUUUUUGGACAGUUUUUAUAUGUCGUUAACUCGACCUUUUUAUCGUAUACAAUUGUAAAAUACAGAAUAGCGUAGUUUAGUGUUUAGAUGGCCUGCAUUGUUUCAUUAUUAAAUUUCCUGUAAACCUUCACGAUUGUUUGAAUAUAGUUUUUAUAUAUUUCCAAUUAUUCGUCGUAUUUAUAUAUUUCUUAUAAUUGCUUUCCUAGCUUUAGUACAUAUCUACCAAAAACCUGCUGCGAAAAGUGGCGCAGGCGCUGUAGAAGUCCUAUUCCACUUUUCGUUGCAGAUUUUGUUCGACAGCUGAGAUCUGUUUGUAUAAAAAGAUGGUUAUGUGAAGAUUUUAAAAUUAUAAAUGUGUAGAGAUAGGAAUCGGCUGUCUAUCUAUAUAGUUACAUAGUAUACGGUGUGCUUCAUGUAUUUUCUGCGUCAGGCAGCUUAACGCAUUCUUGUUUGUUUCUUCGCUGUUUCAAGGGACAAACGAUUACAGCGUUUUUAUUGUAUAGAUGGUUUCGAAUUUCAAAAAUUGUACAUUGUUCACAACGAAAUUCAUUUGAAAACAAAAAAAAAUUGUUCGGUGUUUCCAAAUUUUAAUGAUUAGAAUAUAGUUAACGAACGGAAUUUAGUUUUGAUUUUUUACCAGCUCGAAACUAUAUUCUUCACAGCGAUUUGAUAUUUCGUCAUUAUUACUCAUCGACUUAUCAAAAUGGCUGUGUGUGUGUAGGUAAAUCAGACUCCAUGUAAGUGUGAAUGUGUUUAUAAUAUAAAUAUAUAAAUAGGA